CCUCAACGAUCUCCGCCAGCACGUUAACGAUGAGGCCCAACCAACUCCUUCCCCUCAUCAUCCUCCUCGCGUCCUCUGCCGGCGCCGCCGCCCUGCGUCCCCACAUCGGCGUAAUCGCCCUCUGCGCCCUCACCGACUACCCGGUCGUCUGCCUGGACGCCGCAAAGUCGUUCGGGAGCUCCUACCCGCCGUCGCCCGACGCGGGGGAUCUGCUGUCCAUGCACCUCGACAUGGCGGCGAAGCACACGCGGGCUGCGAAGGCGGAGGUGGAGGAGCAGCUGAAGUGGACGGAAAACGCGCGCGAGCAGGGGGCGCUCAAGGUGUGCGCGUCGCAGUUCGGGGACGCGCUGGACGACAUGGGCAAGGCGCGGAACGCCAUCCUGGUGAAGGACGCCGGCACCGCCAACAGCAUGCUCAGCGCCGUCAUCACGUACUACAGCACCUGCGACGACGCCUUCACCGAGAUAAAGAGGGCGAACCCGGUGGCGAAGCAGGACGACGCGCUCUCCAAGAUUAUCAGCAACGCCCUCGCCCUCGGCCAGCUGGCGCUCGCCGGAAAUAAGUAGCGGAGAAACAAAUCAUCUUCCGCCGAUCGAUCGGAAGAUGAUGAUCGGUGAUCGAUGGACGAUUUUAAUUUAUUUGCGUGAUUUCGAUAUGAUUUGUGAUGUUGUCGACUUAA